GUUUCACAAUCUCAGCCCGUCCUCUGUCUCUGUCCUUCUUCUCAUGGGUUUCCUCUGCUCUUGUUUGCACUCAGCUGACAGGCGAGCCACUCAUCCGCCGCAGUGACGACAACGAGAAGACGCUGCAUUCCCGUCUGGACUCCUACCACCGGCAGACCGUCCCUCUGGUGAAGUACUACAGCGCCCGGGGCCUGCACGCGGCCGUCAACGCCUCCCUGAGCCCCAAUGUGGUCUUCGCCUCCAUCGUAGCUGCCUUCUCCAACGCCACGGAACUCCCCGCCCUCGCCGUCGCCUGGAUGCAUGGGACUUCCUGUAUGUCUUCUCUGGAAUUUAUCGGAACAAACUAUUUCUGAGAAACUAUUUUCCUC